GCCCAAGUCCCAGCCAAGCUACAAAAACACAAACAACAACAGCAACAACAAAAGCCGCCUACAACAAGCUGGCAACAACUCUACAAAUUGUGUACAACUUAAAGCUGCCCUUCGCAGGCAAAAAGUGCAAGUGAAAAGUUGAAAAAAAUUGAAGCUUGGUCAAAAUCACAAAUUGUGCAAAAAUUAUUUGAAAAAGUCAAAAUAACGAUACAGACAGUCAUAAAGUGUGUGAGCGUGUCGAAUCGAAUCGAAUCGCGGAGGAAUUGGCAGCUUCGUGUGAGCCAAGAGAAGGAACAAUAAGAAGAAAAUAACAAUAAAAAUUAAGAACGAGGCCUAGUAGCCCAAAUUUCGUGGCGAAGCAGACGCGAAAGCAAACGCCAGCAAACGGGGCAGGCAUAAUUUUAAAUAAUUAAAAAUAAACACACGCCGAAGACGUCGAAAGCUGCUUCACCAACUUGUGAGUGCGUGAGUGCGUGUGAGUGUGUUUGUGCGUGGCGUAUCCGUAAGAUACGCGCUGCUAACGCUGACGUACUUGCUGGCUUCGCACCGGCCGGCGUUUUGUGCCCAAUUAACGCACUUUCGCAUUCGCAAUCCCAUAUUCAACAAAUAGCCGAGCGAACAGCGAAAAGCGAGCAGCGAGCGCCAGUCGAGCCAUCGGGCCGUGUAUCUUUGGCAUUCAAAUUCAAAUCCGACGUCAGCCUGCGCCGCCACCACCUAAACAAAAAACCAACAACAAAUGUUUGAGGUGCAUCAAAAAUAAAUAUAUAGUAUACACACAAAAACAUACAUAUAGUAUAUUCAAAAUAAUUAAUUGCAAUCUUAUCUGAAAGAUACGUGCGCGUCUAUGUGUGAGUGCGCGAGUGUGUAAGUGUAAGACAAGGCUGAAAGCGCAUUCUGUUCUACAUCAAAUUUAUUGCCUCGUCAAAACUGGCACAGAUAUAUUCGAACACACAUUGCCCAUAGCUGACAUUUUAUAGCAUUCAAACACUUUCGCUUACAAAUUGUGUGUCUGUGCGCGCUUGUUUGCUCUCUUCUGUCGCCGUCGUGCAGAAGCAAGAGAUACAGAUGCAAUUCCACCAUCACCUACUAAACUGUUAAUACUAAUAAAAAGUGUCACAAUCAAUUGUCGAAUUCCAACAACCAACAAGCAAAGUGCAAUAAAAACUGCCAGCGAAUUCCUCACCUCUUUAUUCGUUCAUGUGUUCGUAUGCGAAUCCAACGUCAAAUUUAAAUUCAACUCCGAAGGUUGCCUCGCAACAAAUGCAAAAGGAGCCCAUUGAGCUGAAGAAGCGUAUCGAGGAGGUGCGUCUGCUGGAGUCCCGCCGUUCCGCACGUUUGGCUGAUCAGGAUCGUGUCACGGACUUUGCAGUUCUGGCCGACAUGGGAGGCGAACGUCGCCGAGCCACAAACAGUAUUGAGGUGCCAUUGCCACAGACGCCGCAGCAAAACUCACGCAAACGUCCCCAGACCGAUGUUCACGACGACGGCAGCGACUCACUUGAAGAAAUGAACGCUUGUAGUGCCGCAUUAAUUUUAGUGAAUCUAAGCGCGCCCGACAAAUGUCUCGGCUCCAGUCCCGGCAGCAGCUCGUCGGCCUCGUGGAGCUCCGGCUCUGCCUCCCCGCCGCUCAGCGAUGAUGGACAUGCACUUCACAACCAUAGCAUUUUAUCACCGCACGAUGCCGCCUCGGCCAAUGCGCGCAUACGCACAACAUCGGUGUCCACCUCGGACGAGGGCAUUGUGAUGGACUAUAAAGACGAUCGCUGCAAUAAGAAGUUCAAAAAAUUACGCUGUACCUGGAAGGGCUGCAAUUGCGUUGAAAUGACGGCGGCGCAAAUCGAACGUCACAUAAGGGACAAGCAUUUGCGCAAAAAGGCCAGACGCUCUGGAGACAACGACUCCUGCAGUGAAAAUGAGCAUGAAGAGGAAUUCUAUUAUACGGACGACGACGACGAUGACGAGUCGGUCAAAACGCCUAGUCCAGCCUCUCCACCCACACUCAGCCACCGGGACAUGGCACGUCCGCCUCAUGAGGAUCCAGAAUACCAAAGACAGAAGGUUAUCAAUUUCAGACAAGGACGCGCUAUGAAUUAUAGCCAACAGCAGCAGCAGCAACCGCCACAUUUUAGCAACAACAGCCGGUCCUUGCAUCACAAUAAUAACGGCACCGUUCACAUCACAAGCACCCAACAACAACAGCUGCAGAACAACAACACAAGCCUCAUACCCACUUCGCCGCUGGCGCACCACAACUACACUUGGCCCUCCAACAGCGCUGGUGCCGGCACUGCGAUCCCGGUGACUGCAACAUCGACGCCGACAAGCGGGCCACCGAAUCAGCAGCAGCAACCACAUCACAUCAAGCAUCCACGCUCAUCAUCACGUCCGUCCCAUUCGGCAGCGCCAUAUCCAACAUCCACAUAUGGCCAUCAUCAGCAUCACAAUUACAGCAGCAGCGGAAGCAGUAGCAGCAACAACAGUAGUCCGAUCAUCCAUAGCAACAACAGUGCCAACAACAUGUUGCAUCAAUUGUCGCAGCAAAACGUCACAGUGACAGCCCAUCACAGUGGAAAUGGCAACAGCAACGGAAACGCAAACGUCAGCGGCCAACCGCACCAGCAACAACACCUGUCUGGCGUGACCAUCACGCCCAACUACCAUCCAUCGCAGCAGCAGCAACAGCCGCCGCAGCAGCAAAGACAACAGACAACUGCCAGCAACAUAGUUGCAAAUACGGGCCCCAACAUGCCACUGCAACACGUGGCCGUACAGCAUGCGGUCCAGCAUGCGGCCAAACAUACACCUAACUCACCGAGCCGUCGCACGCGCGGCGAGAACAAAAAAUGCCGCAAGGUCUACGGCAUGGAGCGUCGCGACCAAUGGUGCACCCAGUGCAGAUGGAAGAAGGCUUGUAGUCGCUUCGGCGACUGAAGGCGGCAGAAAUCGU